GCGCGAGUGAAGGCUGUGGACGGGGAGGCCUCGGGUGCUCGCUCCUCGCACCCAUUCCCGACCUCACCAUCCCCCUGCCGCCCUGCUCGGCUCUCGCGGUGCAGACUCGAGCCCCGGGCCAGGCGUCCGGGGCUCUGCGCUCCCCUCCUGCGGCCGGGGCUGCUGCUGGUGGGUUUCCCGGCCAACAGCCCCUUCCCGGAUACGGGUACAGCGAGUCAAGUUGGCGGCAGCUCCUCUGGGACUACAGUGGGGGGUCUCCGCCCCGUAGCCAUAUUUUCCCGGGAGCGGGCUACCGGGGUCUCGACGGCCGGCAGAGUGCUCUGAGCGGACGCGGAGGAGCCGCCCCCUCCCACUGCGCGUGCGCGCUCUCUGUGUCUCCCGGUUGCCCCUGGCAGCGGUUACUUCCGGGGGCGUGUCCCGAUUUCCCCCAUCUCCGCCCCGCACCGAGUGCCCCGGCGCUUGGGGUUCCGGCCUCUGGGCCCCGGCGCUCGUUGGAGGGUCACGGUUGGCCGGCGGCCGCCUCGGCAGGCUUCCCCCCCGCACCCACCCGACCUGCCCGGCCCUCGCCAUGGUGCUGCUGCACGUGAAGCGGGGCGACGAGAGCCAGUUCCUGCUGCAGGCGCCCGGGAGCAGCGAGCUGGAGGAGCUGACGGUGCAGGUGACGCGGGUCUACAACGGCAGGCUCAAGGUGCAGCGCGUCUGCUCAGAAGUGGAAGAGCUGGCGGAGCAUGGCGUGUUUCUCCCGCCCAACAUGCAAGGGCUGACGGACGAGCAGGUGGAGGAGCUGAAGCUCCGGGACGAGUGGGGGGAGAAGUGCGUGCCCAGCGGCGGCGCCGUGUUCCGGAAGGACGACAUCGGGCGCAGGAAUGGGCAAGCCCCAAAUGAGAAAAUGAAGCAAGUUUUGAAGAAGACUGUGGAGGAGGCCAAAGCCAUCAUAUCCAAGAAACAGGUGGAGGCCGGCGUGUGCGUGACGGCGGAGAUGGUGAAGGACGCCCUGGACCAGCUCCGGGGAGCCGUGAUGAUCGUCUACCCCAUGGGGCUGCCGCCCUACGACCCCAUCCGCCUGGAAUUCGAGAACAAGGAGGACCUGUCAGGCACCCAGGCCUCGCUCAGCGUCAUCGCGGAGGCCGAGGCCCAGCUGUGGUGGGCGGCCAAGGAGCUGCGGAGAACCAAGAAGCUCUCGGACUACGUGGGCAGGAAUGAGAAGACCAAGAUCAUCGUCAAGAUCCAGCAGCGGGGCCAGGGGGCCCCGGCCCGGGAGCCCAUCAUCAGCAGCGAGGAGCAGAAGCAGCUGAUGCUCUACUACCACCGGAGGCAGGAGGAGCUCAAGAAACUGGAGGAGAACGAGGACGAUGACGCCUGCCUCAACUCCCCGUGGGCAGACAACACGGCGCUCAAGAGGCACUUCCAGGGCGUGACGGACAUCAAGUGGAGGCCCCGGUGACGCCCCCAGGAGGGACCGCAGUGCAGUGGCCACCCACCCGCCCGCCGCAGAGGGUGUUGGAGUUAGGUGUUUAUGGGGUGGGGUUUUUUGGGGUUUGGAUUUUUGAAAAUCAAACUUGCUAGAACGUAUUAAUACAUUAUUUUUUUAGAAACAGAAAAACUAUAUGGAGCUAGAGCUUAGUAAAUAGAUCCUCAAAGAAUCUG